AUGUGUCUUCUGUUGAUUUUGAGAGAAAGAAGCUUUUCAUGAGUGUGUAUAGUGAAGAUGGUCGAUUGGCCCGUUGUAUUCACUGAUUCGUGUGUACGGCAUAAUUUGACUUGGGCGUGAUUUCCAAUAUUUUCAUCAUGCGAGUCAGUCCUGUUUUAUUCUUGUAUGUACCUGACUAUAAAUUCAUGUUUACGAGAAGGAGAGUCACACUGAAAAGACUGGUGUAUACGAGGAUGCGAUAGUGAAAAUACUUAUCACUCUGUUUUGUUGGAUUUUGGAAAUGAUGUAGACUGAUGCAAGGAUGCCACAAGAAGACCAAAAAAUUCGCUUGUGUGUCAACCUCAGUGAAAACAUGACGCAGCUGGUGCUUACAUGAACCACUUAUGAGAAUUUCGAAGACAAGGAUCACCAGAAAGUUCUUUAGUGAAGCAACCACGAUGUUUUCGACACCGCCGCGGAGAGCAAAGUCUGCCCUCGCUGGGAGCAUGAUUGCCGAGAAACACAUUGAAAAUGAUCGAAUGUCGGAAGAUCUUCAAGCAAAGAUCAACGCCCUCCAAAUGAAGCAGUUGCGGCUACGCGCUGACAGAGAUUUUCAAAUCAAACAGGCGAAGGAGGAUGCGCAAGUUGUUUUCAAUCAGGCGAAAUUCGUCCAGGCGAAAAACGCAUCUGAUGGAGAUUCCGUCAGGCCGAAGGGUUGGCGAGUUAUCGAGCCACCGAAGAAUCGGAAUACCAAGAAUAGUAAGAUAAUCAAGGAGCGACCAGUUGCAGCUGUUUUUGACCCGGACGAUCCACGUUCUUACAGCAGCUUAGUGAACGAAGAUGGGACUCCUAUCCCGGUCAUACCAAUGCGGAAGUCAAGCCGGCCGAAGACCCCGAGGCCGCGACACCCGAGGCCAAAGACUGCUCUUGCGACUUGUAUUGUCCUGCCGACCGAAACGGCAGUGGAACCAACACAAGAAACGGACCAUGAACAUGAAAAUGAACAUAACCCGAAGAUAGACUGUUUGAUCGAAGAUGCGAUCGUCGCAACGGUCGAGGCCAAUAUUCCGGAAUCCCAUACUUCAGUUGCAGCUACGGAACUUGUAGAGGAACCGCUGCAUUACUCAAACUUUCUUGGCUUCAUUCGACCAAAAACUGCUGAAUCCAAUACUCGGCCGAGAGGUGGGUUUGGAGAUCCUAACGCGGACUAUAAACCUGAGAAACGAAAGAACACCCCUCACCCUCACGCGGUGCACCCGCCUCCUCAGAAUCCCAGUAGGCCGCAGACUGCAGCUUAUCCAAGGCGACCGCGAACGGCGUGCCCUGCUCCUCGAUCGCAGAGCCGCGCCGACGAAGGACAGGGCCUGCAGUCCUAUAAAGACUUGAAGUCGCAAAAUCAUAUUGAUUUCGCGAGCGUAGCCAUAACGAAAAGGAAGAGGAGUGAUUCAAUCAAGAAACGAAAGGAUAUGGAGGCGAGCGAGUCUGCCGUUCUUCAGGAGAGAAUGAAGGCCUUUUAUGUCAGUAUCGAGGACUUCAAGGUGAAGGCAGCCAGGAUGAAAAAGCACCAGAUCUUUUGAGACACCCUUGAAUAUGUCUCCUGCACCGCAUUUUAUUCACCGUGCCAUAGCUCGACAUGCAUCUAUAUCAUUCAUCGCUUGAUUUCACUACGUGGGGUUCCCGUCGCUGUUUUGCCGCUUUCACAUGCUCUCUGUGGUCAGUAUUACGUGCAUAUUACCACGGACAUAAUACAUGUACAGCACUAGAAGGAUCUUGGUCCAUGGUCAUGCCGCCGAGCCCACCAAAAUCACUGACAUCACUUCCUGUGAAAGCCGCGCGCGCGGUUUCCCGCUUUCGCCGCUGCCUGGUACUGGGCGAAAAAAACAAGAUUAUAUGCUUUUGAUUUUGAAUAUGCCAAUUAAAAGAUCACCCCAUUUUGGCCACAUGAAGCUGAAUUCAAAACUUCUUUUGUUUCAGUUCGAUUCAUCUCAAUGCCUGCACUAGUCUUUGCGCAAGAGGCAUUUACAUUUUUCGAAAAGGACGUCAACACCCGGGUAGGUUUCAUACUUGAGUGUCGUUGAUCGUUGAUGAAACUCUCAGAUCACCUGACAGUAAUAUGCCACUCAUGACUCGUGUUGUCAAGACGAAAGUGCACCAUCAUGGCACUCUUGGUUGAAGGGAACGAACUAAGAAUAAUAAGACAAUCAUUUGAUGGAAUAAUCA